UCCUGGACAGGCUGUCUGCCCACCAAGGGGACACGGCCAUGCUGUCAUGUUUAGUCCCUUUGGACAUCCCCAUGACCCGCAUUGUCUUCUGCAAAGAUGGGAAGGAGAUUUCUGUCCAGCCCAAGGAAGGAAACAAACUCGUCUACGACUCACCUUACCAAGUGUCCAGGGAGAGCUCAGGGGCCUUUUCCUGCCGCUACCAGCUCAAGGAUGACAAUAACCAGGAGAACAAUUCUCACUCCAGUGACUCCUGGCACCUGCACGUGGCCGGUGAUGAGUCCAACCCCACUCCACGCUCCGCCCCUGGUGGGGAACAAUCUCACAGCCAUGAGCCAGAUGGAUCCAGCUGUUCUAGGAAUGGCGGCUCUACAGGGCAGGCUUGGCCCCAAGGUAUUCUAGCGCUAGGACUCAUUGUGGGACUUGCAGUCACGGCCGGCCUGGCUCUGGCGCUGCUUGGAUGCUUUCUGAUGAAGACAGCUGUGUCACGCCGCAGGACUCACAGGGAUCCCAUCCCAGACCGGAGCAGCCUGACCGCUGAAGAUCAGAUCCAAUGUGCCGAGGUCACCAGAGCCGGCCCUGACCAGGAUUCUCAGUGCUCCACAAGCCUGUGUGAGCCCCACAUUCCCUGCCUGCCUGAGCAGAGCCCCGGGGAAGGAGACAGCAAUGGAGCCUGUUAAACAGCCAGCGAGAAGCAGCGUUUGGGUCAAUCAAUGAAACAAGAGAAGUUCACAUAUUUCUCGGGCAGUGGGAGCUGGGUGUGGCCAAGGCCAGGUUUCGCGUCACAGCCGGUUGUCCUAUUUAUGGCAGAACCUUCAUGGCCAAUAUUUCCACCCCUGAGGCCUGCACAUAAAAUCCACAUUCAGAGGGAAAAGCAGCUACAAGCCAUUUGCCUGGUCGUGGGACAUGCAAAUUCAGGGUUCCAAACUGGUUAAAAAUUUGGAUCAGAAAGGCCCCUGCAUUUACUGAGUUUCCAGGAAGCAGACGCUGAGCCAAAUUUACCUGGUGUUGGCCUCAUGGUGGGGAUGGGUAGAGGGGCAGCGAGGAGCACCGUUUCAAAUUUUGGU